CAUGCCAACUUCUAACACAUGGUGCUGCUUCCUGUUUUGUGAAGAUGAAGUAUAUUCAAGAUGAUAAUUGAUUAUUUGAUAAACAGAUUAAUACAUACCAAAUCAAUGGUAUGGCAAGUAAGGUGACACGUCUCCAUUACACAUGUUUUGACGGUAUGAAAAGUUAAAAAUUGCUGCAAAGCAUUCGACGGCUCGGCUGCAUAUCUGCUCGAUAACAAAUUUGACACUGACAGUUCGUUGUGUUUGAGUCAGAGUGUAUGAACUGAAUAUGUCGGUCGUAGCAACGAAUUCUAAUUUAAAUCAUAGUGAUCUUGUGAACGAGAACAGAUUAAAUAUGGAUGAUCAUUGCAACACAGGAGAUUUGAUGGGACCGCUGGGACUACUGGUUCAAGCCGUUUUGGCCUUCCUAGCCUUCACUUCACUAAUAGUAAAACGAUACUGUGAGCCAAAAUAUGAACGUAGACCUUGGAAGAUAUGGACUUUUGAUACAUCGAAACAAGCUCUUGGAGCAAUGGUCAUUCAUUUUGCUAAUGUCCUGCUGGCAGAUAUUUUCCAAGGUGAUCCAUGUACAUGGUACUUUAUCAGUUUUAUGCUGGACUCUACCAUAGGUCUAUUUGUGGUAUACUUAGGUUUAAAAAUGACCCAAAUUGUUGUCAAAAAAUACAAUUACCAGUCACUAAAGUUUGGAGAAUAUGGGAAUCCUCCGGAGUGUAAUGCUUGGGUAGGGCAGUGUGGACUAUACAUCUUAGUCAUGAUCCUAGAAAAGUUCCUAAUGACUCUCUUGGUGCAGUUUGACUUCUGGAAAGAUGUGCGGUCAUUUCUGAUGUCUCCUGUGAAGGACCCUCAUGUAGAACUCAUCAUUGUAAUGUUCAUCAUACCACUGAUUGUUAAUGCUUUUAUAUUCUGGGUGGUUGACAACUUCCUGAAGAGAGAAAUGAAAGGAACGAAAAGGAUUUAUGUGAGUGACAAUGAUCCGUCAGUAAAGUUCUACAAAACGACAGAACAGGUGCGAUGUUACAACCGAAUUGAAAAAGCUGAGGACUUUAUAGAAUCAGAUCUGCUGGUGUCAACAGAUGAAGAAGGAGAGGCCAGGCGCAGGGUAGACGGGACAGAACAUCUAAUCACAUAGUGCGAUCUCCUGAAAUGUCAUUCAUCACAGCUUUUUGUUACGUGAUACAGCAUGCCUUCACUACAAACAAUGACCCUUUCCCAAGAUAAAAUAAAGCUUAACUCUUGAGAGGUAAAAUAGUUUUAACACCAAAUUUGAACUAUAGAUUGCAUAACAGAUUUAAUGAAUAGAAGUUCACUAUAUUUUAACCAGCACCUACAACUAAGUUACAUUAAAUACUUUGUCUUAUAAGACAUACCCCAUGGUGUGAUAGAUAUCUUUACAUCGUGGACUACAGAUUCUAUUUGGACAGGUUCUGUAUUUUAGUAGGCUAUACAUUGUGUUCAACAAUCAAAGCAUUGGUACAAAGAAGUAGAACAGUCCCACAGACAUAGUAGGGUUGGUUCUCAUCAGGAUUUGUUUUUCAAAUUUGAUUUUUCAUUUAGAAGAACAAUAAUUUCUCGUAAAUUAGCUGAGUUUGGUCAUGUAUUUUCAAUGGUCACUCUUACUUGUAAACAUCCGCCAGGACACUCACACCUGUACUGUAUCAUACAUGUAGUUCAAGAAAUGCCAAAUAUAUUUUGAGUUUUUCAUGCAUUUUAUAUCCAGUGGAAUUUUUAUAUUCACACUUUUUCUAUUGAACUGUUAAAACAAUAUUUGAGGUUUUAAUCCCAUGAGACAAGCUACAAAAUGAAAAUAACAAACAUGUGUCAUAGAAUUAUACGGGAAUGGGACCAACAUUCUGUUAUUUUACCCAUCAGUGUACAGGCUCAUUGUAAUACCUAGAUUAAAGUCUUAUAACUGAAAAAUAAAAUCACUGGUACCAGUAUCAAAGAUAUUGUAUAUAUUAAAGAAAAAAUACCUAAAACCUUAGCACAGUGGGCCUCUUUUGAUUUUACACCUAACUUGCUGCCAGCAUAAUCAAUUACAGUUCCUGGUCCUUUUUACUAAACAAGUCUUUAUUGUAUUUAUAUACGAUUUACACUUUUCAGCAAAUCCUUUUUUAACAUCGAAAUUAUGCUGGACUAUAAGUGUACCGAGAUGUGAUCUACUAGUGGCAAAAUUAUUCUGGAACCUCUAUUAUCUUCUACUUAUUAUCAAGAUACUAAAUCCUCUCCACGGAAUUAUUUCAAGAUCAGACAUUUCAGGGUUGUGUGUCAGGCUUCAUUUGUAAAAUCAUCAUCUUCAUUCAUUUAUAUAUUUAUUUUACACCUCAUUGUAAACAUUGACAAUAUUCUAUUUGUGAUAUUAAGUAUUGUAUGUUGCCUUGUGUGCUUAAACCAGACAUGCCUCUAUCUCAUUGAUUUAUUUCAUUGUUCUAUCUCAUUGUUCUAUCUCAUUGUUCUCUGUCAUAACAUCAUGUAAACAUCUUGUAAGUACUACUAUAUUGUUAUCUGGAAGACAUUUUUGCAGUUCACCCUGCUUUUUGUGUAUGUUAAAAUGAUAUGUAUGGUUGUGCAUAAUACAACUGACAGAAGACAUUACCAAAGUGAGGAUUACAACAAUAAUUCUAUUAUAGUGUGUAUAAGGCCGUUCUAUAUAUCUACGAGAUUUGAUGCUCUAUUUUAAUGAAACACUUAUAUACAUUUAUACAAUAUAUUUGAUGAUUAAAUACACAUAUUCAUAUCUAUUGAACCAAAAUGAUAGUUGUAACAUUAAUUGCAUUGUAAGAUACAGGGCCUGAUUGUUAUUGCCAAUAAUUGGACCGAUAAGACAGCUUUAAUCCAAUAACUGAAUGCAAUAAACAAGUUAAUGCAUAUUUUCAAUAUAUUUUAGGUACAUGUUUUUUACUACAAAUUAUGCAUCUCAUACUUGAGAGUCAUCAACAUGGAUAUUUCACAAAACGAAAAAAAAUAUGUUUUCAUGUGAUGUGCCGAGCAAAAUACCUAGAAGUCAUUGUAUUGUACUACAUGUACUUUGUAGAAAGAGAGAAAAAUAUGGCCAGGAACUUCAAGUAUUAUUAUUUCAUUAAAGAUAGAUACAUUUUAAACCAAUAUUCAAGUAAAUGUUGUUGGAAUGUGUUCUGUCUUUAAUGUUAUUUAAGAUUUUUCUUUUUGAUUUGAUAUAUGUGUGUAUCUUAUUUUGAACUUAGACAGAAAUAUCAUAAUGUGCUGUAUCACCUAAUUAGAAUAAUCUAUCAUUUUAAUCUAUAUUUAACUUGCAUUAAAGUAAUACAUAUGCUUGUUAUUAUUACAUAUAUUUGUAAGUAUUACAUAUGUUUGUAAGUAUUUACAAAGAUAUGCAAUACAUGUUCUUACAAAUGUGUUGUACUACAUACAUUUGUAAGUACAAUACGUAUAUUCCACAUCUUUGUAAGUAUUACAUAUAUGUGUAAGAACAUUUUAUUACAUACAUUUAUAGGUACAUAUAUUACAUACAUUUGUAGGAAUAUGUAUUACAUAAUAUGUAAGUAUUACAUACAUUAAUUUAUUUGUACCUCAUUUGGAUUUUCUAUAAAAAUAGAUAAGCUUUCUUUUUGCUUAAAGUACCACUUCAUGUAAGAGAUUCUUAUAAAUAGUGAGUUUUAAAUCACCAGGUAUUGUUUUUCUGAUCACAUGUGUGUGGGAUCGCGUACAAAUCCAGGAUUUUCCUUUGUUAUAUAAUAUUUAUAUCCAAUGCCAAAAUUCAUAUUUUUUUUCAGGGACUUAUAUUUUGAAAUUCAUUUCUGUAUGCCUAAUGUAUAAUGAACAAUGUAUAUGAAAUAGUUUUAUCACAGUUUGAUAUAUCAUAUUUAUUUCCUGUCAAAUUGUAUCCAUCAUUACCAAAAUAUUAUAGCUUUUGGUUUUAUCAUAAUUUUUUAUAGAAAUAUAUUUACAAUGUAGCAGAUGUAAUACACUGAUUAUUCUGUUAAAAUUUUUAGGUCACCUGAGACACAGUCUCAAUUGACCUAUUGCGAUCGUCUUUUGUCCUGCGGCAUCCAGCGCCUGUUGUGCGUCGUAAACAAUUUACAUUUUCGACUUCUUUUCCAAAAACCGCUGAACCAAAUUCAGUGAAAUUUGGCAGGAAGCUUCUAUGGUCAAAUGUCAACCAAAAUUGUUAAUUAUAUGGUCCCCACCUCCCAGGGGCCAGAGGAAUGGUGCCAAAAAGGGUCAAAUUGACUAAAUCUUCUUCUCAAUUUCCAGAUAUGGUAGAAUCAAAUACUCACCACAGAUAGAAAGGUCCUAAGGUGCUUUAUCAAAAUUGUGAAUUUCAUGACCUUGGGGUCACAUAUUUGCCCCUGGGGAGGAGGUACCAUUUACUCUAGUAUAUAUUGAAAUCCCAUUUUUGACUAUCAUUUGUGUCAUAUUGAAAUUAUCAGUUUUGGAAGGCAGUUUGCUGGUAUGCAAUUAUUGGUCCCCAGCGGCUGAUUGGCGGGGUCAAAAAGGGUCAAAUUUACAGAAAUAUUUCAAAACUCAGGUGGUGACCGUAAGGGCCCAUGGGCCUCUUGUUAUUUUUAGAUUCUUUGGAAGAAAAUCCAUUCAUGAGACUUAUUCUAAUGCUUAUAAUCAAACAAUUUUUUUUUCAUUAUUUCUAUGUAAUCGUUGAAUUUCAUUGAUAUAGCAUGAUAAUUAAUUUUUAUUUAAAAGUUGGUUGGUUGCUACCAGUUAAAAAUGUAUGACGUGAUUUUGUUACUUAUGAGAUAAUCUCUGGUCUAAAAACAUGAUGUUCUCUGUGUAUCACUAUCACUGCCCUUACUAUACAGAUAAGUCAUGGUAAAAUACAUUUCUGUUAUGGUACAAACAUAACAGUUCGUGUAUUAAAAUUGCUUUUAAUAUAAAAUGUUUAAUUUUGACACUGAACGAUAUGUAUUUUGUUUGGUUCUUCCUUAAUUCUGAUGAUUUUGGCAUGUUUUGCAGAUUUAUUGUUUUAAAGUUAUGACCAAAUGCUAAAAACCUUGUCUCUCAGUGACUUCUAUUUAGUGGACUUAAUGUAUUACAGUAUAGAUAUAUAACAUGGUGCAAACCUGUUUUAUGUCUGACAGUCUGAAGGACUGGUAAGCUUCUUCCAUGGCACAGCAUCCGUCAAACUGUUUGUUUAAAUCACUUCUAGUCAGGGAGGGGAACAUUUUGAAUACAUUGUUGCUCUGGACUCUCUGGGCAGGACGUGUGUGUUCCAGUGGGAGAAAUAGAGGUCAUUUCUUUUAAUUGCUGCUUGUGUUUAAAUACCCAGGUGAACGAUACAGGCCCCUUGGACCUCUUGUUGAAUGUUCAAAAGUUAGUGACAUAAUAUUUGCACAAUGACAUUGUCAUUUUGGAAUAAAACAAAGAGUAGAACAACUGACAAAUAGUCCUAUGUUGGAAGUAAUAGGCACAACUUGAAACUGAAGAAUGCAAGAUUCUUGCCACUAAUGGUUGCCAGUGUCCCAGAAUAGUCCGCGAGUAGUUAGAUAACGGGCUUCCUGUAGUGAGUAUGGAGUAGGUUUACUGAGUUAGUCCCAAUACUUAGUAUGUCACAGAUCAUACAACAUGUAUCUUCUAAAGUGUCACAGAUCAUACAACAAGUAUCUUCUAAGGUGUCACAGAUCAUACAACAUGUAUUCCCUUCUAAAGUCUUUUGCAGAUGUAGCAUGGUUGGUGACAUUGUUGAUAUUUUAGGAAUUGUUAUUUAGAUGGCCAAGUACUUUCAAACUUUGUGUUUUCUUGUCUGAGUUGUUUAUGAUAUAGCAGCUUGUAAAUAUGCAGUCUAUCACAUAUCUAGUGUGUAACAGUGUGUAUUUGACAGUCCUACAGCUUCUGUGAAUACAGUGGACAAUAUAUGUUUUCAUUAUGACUAAUUAUAUUGAAUCUUUCUUUGGAAUUUUACUUACAAAAAUAUAUAAAGACAUGAUUUAUGUUAAAAUAUUCAUGUUACAAAACAUUAGAAUUCAAUGAAAAUGUUUUGAAGAGAAUUUUCCAACGAAAAUCUGACUGAGAUUUAGCCUGUACAACUGUUUGUAACAGUGGCCUAAAUGUAUCAUACCUUUCCAUGUACAUGUACUUAAUUUUAUUGAAUCUUCUGACACUAGAUUUACGAAAGUUAUAGGUACGAAAUUUUCCUUACCUAAGAAUAAUUGAGAUGAAGGCUUUAAUUGAGGUUAAGGAAAAUUUACAUAUUUUUAAGUCCUUGACUAAAAUAAUGUUAUCCUGUAGGAAGUAUAAAGGGAAUGUUACACUGAUAUUUUUGUUGACAAUCAAAGCUUUAUGUCACUGCUGUAUCUAUCCAUGCUGCUACUAAUGCUUUAUGAUUAAUCCUUAUCCUCCCAUGUACACUGUGAUUAUGCUGGACAAUGCUUAUAAAUUUAACAAAGUUACCACUUUUAGCAUAGUGUAAUUGUGUGUGGUAUCCUGUAAUCAUACACUAAACAAUUUAUUCUGUUGGUAUAUACAUACUAUAAUGUCCUUAUAUAUACCUGAAGAAUACAUUCAAAUUUCCUGUUACAUUAAGUAUAUGAAAUAAUUUAUUUAUAAUCUGCUUUGAAAAGGGAACAUGAAGUAUAACUUGACUGCUAGGAUGAUUAUAAGUAUCAAUUUGUCCAGUUAGUUUUUGUGAUGGUUAUAUCUGGGCCUUGGUGGUCUCGAUCAUCUUGAUGGUUAUUUCUGGCCUCGGUGGUCUCAAUCAUCUCAAUGGUUAUAUCUGGCCUUGGUGGUCUCGAUCAUCUCGAUGGUUAUAUUUGGCCUUGGUGGUCUCAAUCAUCUCGAUGGUUAUAUCUGGCCAUGGUGGUCUCGAUCAUCUCGAUGGUUAUAUCUGGGCCUUGGUGGUCUCGAUCAUCUCGAUGGUUAUAUCUGGCCAUGGUGGUCUCAAUCAUCUCAAUGGUUAUAUUUGGCCUUGGUGGUCUCGAUCAUCUCGAUGGCUAUAUCCUGCCCUCGGUGGUCUCGAUCAUCUCAAUGGUUAUAUCUGGCCCUCGGUGGUCUCGAUCAGCUCGAUCGUUAUAUCUGGCCCUCGGUGGUCUCAAUCAUCUCGAUGGUUAUAUCUGGCCCUCGGUGGUCUCAAUCGUCUUAUUUAGGUUGACAGAGCAAAUAAAAUUUGAAUCACAAAUCAUGAUUUGGCUUAAAUGACAAACAGAUACAUGACUAAACUAAUUAACGAUGAUUUAACUGGAAGUAGAUGGUAGUGACCUUGACCUUGUAGUAUGAACUGGUUGGAAGUACAAAUGUGACAUUGAUUGACUUUGACUGGUGUUUAAGGUGAAGGUGUUGUAGGAUAUUUACAGUAGAGCAUUCUUGCACAUCAUCAGUUGUUAAGUUGUUGCUUCACCAUCCGGCAGAGUGAAACAAAAGGAAGUAGCUCUGAUGGAUCAGGAUGGCAGUAUAGCAAGGCUAAUGGAUACUUGUGAGAAUAUGAUAAUGAUAUUUUUCAGAUUUAUUGUGAUCAGUGUUUUGGGUGAAUAAACACCAGAAGUGAUGAUGUAACUACAAUUUAUGUACAUUGAAUAGGAAAUAGAAUAAAAUAAUGAUAUUGAGAGGUUGGGUGAAAUGUAUGCUUGUUUGAAAAUUUGAAAUGAAAGUACAAAACAAAUUACUGUAUUUCAAAACUAUAUUUUGUGAUUAGCUUUAAAUUUGACUACAUAAUUAUGUAUUAAAUGUGUUGGACUUGUUGAUUUUCAACCUAUUUACAUACUGUAAGUAGGAAGUAGGCUUAACACUAGUCACUACAUCUGUUAUAAUAAAAGGCAGUAGCUAUAUAGGCAGUAGGUGAUCCAAGUGUAUCAAUGGAGAUUUUCUCUAAAGAAAGUCUUUACAGCCAUGUAGAAUAAUAAUGAUGUAUUACAGAAGGAAUCUGUAUUAUGUAGUUGUGAAUCUUAGAAGAAUGGAGAAGAAAACCAUCUUCAUGACCUAAUUGUGUAUUCUGUGAAUUUAGAUACAUUGUGUGUACCAUAUAUGUCUUAAUCAGUCAAAGAGAAAUGUAUGUACAUGUAGCAACUGUAUAAAUAAUACUAAUUAGACAAGUUUUCAUUCACUGUUUUAUGAGAAGUGUUAAAUAAAACAAAAAGCAUUUUUCUCAAUUCACGAUUUUCAUGAUUGAAAAUUAAAGAGUUCAAACCAGAGAUGGUGAAUUGUUUUUAGUGACUGGAGGUAUAUGGAUUUCUGGUUCAGUAAAAUUAUGUUUGAUUGCAGUGUGUGAUAUGUAACUAUUGAAAUACAUGUAAAGUAAGAGGUCAGAGUUCAUUGGAAUGUGUUGUCUUGGCAAGAUGAUGAAAUGAAAUGAUCACUUAAAAAGAUUAUUUCAUUAUAUGAAAAAGAAUAAAUGAUAAAUGCAUUUAU